GCGCUGCAUAUAAAAAAUUAUAUAGUGUAUAUCUUGUGUAUAUUGUGUAUAUCUUCCGUAUACGAUUCGAUUGACUCAUUCUGGUGGACUGUGUGGAGUGUGCAGCAUGUCUGAGAAACCUACUGUUUUGAUUUUGGGUGGCUGCGGAUUCAUUGGGCGCAACUUGCUCACUUAUCUGCUGGACAAUGAACUGUCGCAGGAAAUACGCAUAGCUGAUAAGACGCCGCCACAAAUGGCCUGGUUGAACGAGGAGCAGACCAGGGCCUUUGAGAGUGAUAAAGUUGAGUUUUGCAGCGCCAACUUAAUAAAUGCCGCCUCAGUCAGGCUGGCGUUUGCACCACACCCAACGACGGGCCGUGCCUGGGAUGUGGUCAUCAACUGUGCGGCCGAGACGCGUGCCAAUCAAGACGAUAGCGUCUACAAGGAGGGCAUUCUCAAGCUGAGCCUACACUGUGCCAAUGAGGCGGCCACACAGCGGGUCAAGCGCUAUGUGGAGCUCAGCUCUGGCUGCGUGAACAGCAGCGACAAGGCGCCGCUGAAGGAGGACUGCAAACUGGAGCCCUGGACGGGUGUGGCCAAGCAGAAGCUGAAGGUUGAAAAGGAACUGUCAGCCAUUAACGAUCUCAGCUACACAGUGGUACGCCUGCCCGUUGUCUAUGGCAUUGGCGAUAAGCGCUACUUAAUGCCGCGCAUUAUAAUCGCUGCCAUUUACAAAUACCUCAACGAGACAAUGAAACUGCUUUGGAACGAUGCCAUGCGCCUGAAUACGGUGCACGUAUCGGAUGUGUGUGCCGCGAUUUGGCAACUGGCGCAGAGUCCCAAAACCAAUGGCCAGGUUUACAACAUUGUGGAUGAUUCAGCAUCAACGCAGGGGAGCAUCAGCAACCUGCUGGUGGAUAUUUUCAACAUCAAUGUGGACUACUUUGGCAUUGUCAUGUCGAGCUUGACCAAGCUUUACCCCACGGACACGGUGGGGGAGAUCAACGACAAGCAUAUGGCACCCUGGGCAGAGAUUUGUCAACGCAACGGCAUUGAGAAUACCCCGCUAACGCCAUACCUCGACGAGGAGCAGCUCCAUCACAAGCAUCUCUACUUGGAUAACACUAAACUGAAAGACUUUGGCUAUGUGCUGCAGCACCCGCGCCUCACGCGGGACCUACUCAUGGAGAUGAUCGAUGACUAUGCGAAGCAGCAGUUGUUCCCCAAGUCAUUGACGCUUUGACUCUCCAUUUGAACCAUUCGGUAGCACUACGUUGAUAUGCACACAAGACAUUUACAGCCUUAUCCUUUAGCUAGUAAGCCCAAGAGUUUUUACAAUUGAAAUUCGUAAUAUGUAGAUCUUCCAAUUUUUAUACGAUACUGAUGCUGUAUCCCCUCCCCCCUUCUCUACAAUUAUCUGCCCACUAAAGUGUACUUAUAGUAUUAUAGAACCAAUCAUUUUGAUACAUUCCAAUCAAACGUACAUAUACAAAAAUAUGUAUAUAUAUAUGUAUGUAUAUAUGCAUAUGUAUAUCAAUGAUGAGACUAACAAAUUUGUAUUGUAUUGUGAUUCAGCCAAGACAAUUAAAGAUGUACGCACUGGUUUUUUGUAGAGUUUA